AGUGGGAUGCCGCAGUGGCUCAGCCUUUGCAAUCAAUCUUCACUUCCGAUUCCUCCUACAUCCGCCGCCACCGCCGGCGCAGCUGCCACCGCACCUUACUGAAGUUGGGUUUAAUUGAUCAAUGGCAAACUCCACUGCUCCAAAGACUGUAUGGAUGAAGCAAGCUGAGGAGGCCAAGAUCAAGAGUGAGGCUGAGAAAGCUGCAGCUGCAAAGGCAGCGUUUGAGGCCACAUUCAAGGAUGUUGAGAAGAACCAAACCAAGGAUGAAGCAGUUGCUUCAUCUGACAGUGAGUUUGAGGAUGACAAUGACUUGGAGAACAAACCAAUUGGCCCGGUGGAUCCUUCCAAGUGCACAGCUGCUGGUCCUGGGAUAGCAGGUGGCACAGCUUGCAAUCCCUCCACAUUUGUGGUCUUGACAAAGGACGCAGAUGGGAGGAAGGUACUGAUUGGGGGCGCCCAGAUUAAGGUCAAGAUUUCACCAGGAAUGGGCGUUGGGGGAUCAGAUCAGGAAGGUGUGGUGAAGGAUAUAGGAGAUGGAACAUAUUCAGUGACAUAUGUUGUGCCGAAGAGAGGAGAUUAUAUGUUGAACAUCGAGUGCAAUGGGAAACCAAUCAUGGGCAGUCCAUUUCCAGUGUUCUUCAGUGCAGGUUCUUCUACUGGAGGAGUACUUGGUGUGGCUCCUACAUCCACGUUUCCAAAUCUAGUCAACCAAACUAUGCCCAACAUGCCAAAUUACACGGGGUCUUUUUCUGGGGCCACCCCUGGCUUAUUGGGAAUGAUACCUGGUGCUGUUUCUGGCACUUCUGGUGGUGUUAUUUUGCCCGGAAUUGGGGCAUCCCUUGGGGAAGUUUGUCGGGAGUACCUGAAUGGUCGGUGUGCUAAAACUGAUUGUAAAUUGAACCAUCCUCCCCAUAAUUUACUUAUGACUGCUUUGGCUGCAACUACCAGCAUGGGGACUUUGACUCAGGCUCCUAUGGCACCUUCUGCAGCUGCAAUGGCUGCUGCUCAGGCUAUUGUUGCUGCUCAGGCCCUUCAAGCUCAUGCUGCUCAGAUGCAAGCACAAGCUCAGUCAAACAAAGAUUUAUCUGAUUCUUCUGAUAAAGCUGCAAAGGAUGAAGCUUUAAAAAAGACUCUGCAAGUUAGCAAUCUCAACCCGCUUCUCACAGCAGAGCAGCUGAAGCAACUAUUCAGUUUCUGUGGUACAGUUGUUGAGUGUACAAUCACUGAUUCAAAACAUUUUGCCUACAUAGAAUACUCUAAACCUGAGGAAGCAACUGCUGCUUUGGCACUAAACAAUAUGGACAUUGGGGGUCGACCAUUGAAUGUGGAGAUGGCUAAAGCACUUCCUCCAAAACCUUCUAUUUCAUCAUUGACUUCAUCUUCCCUUCCUAUGAUGAUGCAGCAAGCUGUUGCUGUGCAACAGAUGCAAUUUCAGCAGGCUUUGCUUAUGCAGCAAACCAUGGCCGCACAGCAGGCAGCAAAUAAAGCUGCAAGCAUGAAAUCUGCAACAGAGUUAGCAGCUGCAAGAGCUGCAGAGAUAAGCAAGAAGUUAAAAGCUGAUGGACUUGUACCUGAAGGGGAUGACACAAAACGUGCAUCUAGGUCCCCAUCAACAUCUCGUGCAAGGUCAAAAUCAAAGUCAAGAUCACCAGUUAAUUAUCGGCGGAGGUCAAGAUCCAAGUCAAGAUCACCCAUCAGUUACCAUCGAAGACGGAGAUCUCGUUCUUAUUCCCCUCUGCCUCUCCGCCGACGAAAUUACAGGUCUAAAUCACCAUUGAGAUCUCACCAUCGCUCAAGUUAUAAUGGUGAACGACGAUCAUAUAGAGAGUUUAGGGAUAGCAGUGAUAGGAGUUGGAAGCGGGAUUCAGAUAGAUCAAAUGACCAUUACUCAUCUAUUUCAAGGAGAAAUAGGAGUAGAAGUGUUAGUCCUCAAACAAGAAAAUCACAUAAAGUUGAUUCCGGCUCACCAAGACAUCGCAGAGAAAGUUCACCACAUGGGAAAAGAAAAUUGUCCAAUGCUGGUUCAAAAUCUCCCAAGCAUAAUAGGGGAAAUAGGUCAUCCCCAAGGAAUGACAGUGAAGAAAAACAAAUAUACAGAAAGUGCUCUAGGUCAAAAUCUCAUGAGGAUUCUGAUGACAAGGUAGAUGAAAUCCAGGAUGAAAAGUUGGAAAGUCAAGGACGUAGGCGUUCCAGGUCAUUAUCUGCAGAAGGUAAGCAUCAAAGAAGAAGCAGAUCAUCUACCAGAAGCUCAGAUGAAAAGAAAACAAAACACAGAAGGAAGUCCAGGUCAAAAUCUGUAGAGGGUAAGCAUCAUUUGCGUGAUACUGUAGAUGAAGAUGAUGAAUCAAAACCCCGUGAUAGAAGACGAGCUAGGUCAAGAUCUGCUGAAGGUUUGCAUCACACGAAGGACAAUCGAAGCAGGGAUAAAAAAUCAAAGCAUCAUGAUAGAAGAAGGUACCGGUCAAGGUCUGCUGAGGUCAACAAGCAUCACAAAGGAAGCAGGUCAUCUAAAAGUUUAGAGGAAAAUAAAUCAGAACAUAGGAGCUCUAGGUCCAAGUCUCUAGAAGGCCCAAAUAACUCAAGUGACAGAUUAGAUGAAAACAGAAAUGAAAGAUCAAAGCAUCAUGACAGAAAGAGCUCAACAUCUGCUGAAGGUAAGCACCAUAAACAAAGUAGAUCUUCUCCAAGAACUUCUGAGGACAGAAAAUCAAAACAUAGAAGGCACCCUAUAUCUAAGUCUGCUGGAGAUGAUGGGAUAUUGCUUCCAAAAGAAGUAGAUGAUUCAAGAGCACCAUUGAAUGAUGACCAAGAUUUGAAGAGCACAUACUUGAAAAGUGCAAGCACUAAUGGAGGGGACUCAUUGUCAGCGAUCAGCACGGAUUGAAUUCAGAGGAGCUGAGCUAACUUGAUGUGACAGGAUGUUAAAAUCAUUCCAUUUCUCUAGACAGAAGAUAGCCAUGAGCUCUAGUGUAGCCAGAUCAGAUAAUGGGCUGUCAGUGACUCCUUGAACCAUGUUGUCUCACUUCCAAUUCAGGCUUGUCGAAAUUCAAGCUUUUUCGGAAUGGAUUACCAUUUUUUAUUAUUUUGGAUUGAGCUUUGGGUUCCCAUACAAAGGGGGUUCUGUGAAUUGUUAUCUUUCUGUGGUGCUCGGAUUUUUCUGCCACUUGUUGGCACAUCAUAAAUGUACGUGUCUUGUGCCUCUUAUCUUUUGCAGGAUAAAUUGAACUGGUUGGACCUUGAGUAUCUGAGCUGAUAUUAAAAUGGAUAAAGUAUCUCAAGCAGUGUUUUGCUUCCACCUACAGUCAACCAUGCACUGUUUGUAUCAAGCUUCUGCUAUGUCUUGCAGGUUAUACAUGGUCUUUUCCUGUUGGAGCCAUCUAGGAUCUGGUUUGCGCUUUGCAGGAUUGAUUUUUACUGAUUUAAAUAAAGGAAACUUCUUGGCUGCACACACUGCUUUUAAGGUCCGGUGUAAGCACUAAGCAGAGGUUGCUGGGAUAACUAAUGUCUCAAUUUGCAUCAUGUUGGAGUAUGAGAAGAUUCGUUGAGUCACUUUAUAUAAUAUCAUGGUUUUGGACAGGUAAUUCCAUGACACUGGUUUGAUGUGUUCUUCUAUAAUAGGAUCAGUCAGUUACGUAGGCACGCGUUUAUGCUAUGGAUAUUAAAAAUCUAUCCGUGGUAACUUCAUUUUAGUUUGAGCAGCUGCUUUCUUUAUAGGCAUUUGCUAUGCGGUUGUUUCUAGUCGUCUUUUGAUUUGAUGAUACAUGCUGUGUGUGGAUACAAAGCAUUGACUUGGGUCAGGUCUACUGAGAGUAUGCCAAUGAUAAGGCAUGGAUAUGAUGGGUAUGAGAGCUCGGCCUUGCCCUCAAUUUUGGCGAUCAUGACUUGCAUCAACUACGUGCAUAAUAUUAUUGCAUCCCAUCAACUAUUCCUCAAUCCCUUUUCUUUCUGCCUUUUGUUCGUGCUUCCCUCCCCAUUUUCUCUUCUUAAUUUUUUCUUUAUUGGUUGGAUAUGGUUUAGGAGCUAUAGUUGAUUUUGAUUUCUUUAAAACAGUUGAUUUUGAUCUCAAAUUGUUGUACUUUGACCGAUUGAAAAUCAUAAUACCUUGAUCUUAACUUUGUUAGACAUGAAGUGAGUUAAAGUGUAAUAAAAAAAUAAUAUAAUU